AGUUGUAAUCUCACUUCCCUGAAUGACGACUGUGAAAACAAAACUCUACUUAAAGUCCUGCCUACGUGCAGCUGUAGUGACAGCGAAGGUGGAGAACCUCCUUCUUUCCACUACCUGCUCUGGAAACUUUUCAACCACUGGUUGAGUAGCAAUCAAGCCAGAUACAGUAUGCGACAACCUUCCUGAAUGCACCAAUUACACUAGAUGCAACUGCUGUCAGGAAGCUGAAGAACCAUUUGCUGAAACUAGGAAGCUUUACUAGAGGAAGAUGGAGAAUCCACUUCUUUUAUUUCCCCAACUAAACAUUUCUGCUUCCAAGGAUAAAUCCUAUUACAAAGUCACGAAAACAGCAAAUAAAGAAGAGACGAAUAAAGCAAGCAAGCCUGGAGCUAAGCAGAAGAGAAAUAGGCUGAGCCUUCUCCUGCAGAAAUCUGAAUUCCAUGAAGAGGAUCAUCUUGGCAAACCUACACACUUGACAAAAGCAGCAAGUGCGUCUCCUGAAGAAGCAGUUAAAUGGGGUGAAUCUUUUGACAAACUGCUUUCCCAGAAAGCUGGAUUGGAUGCCUUUACGAAGUUUCUGAAAACUGAGUUCAGUGAGGAGAACAUUGAGUUCUGGAUAGCUUGUGAGGAUUACAAGAAAAGCAAAACUGCACAUGAACUUCUUCCAAAAGCUAAGACCAUUUAUGAAACAUUCAUACAGAAAGAUGCACCAAAAGAGGUGAAUCUGGACUUUCAUACCAAAGAAGUCACAAGUCAGAAUAUUGAACAACCCAUCAUCACCACCUUUGAUGCAGCACAAAGCACAGUCUACAAGCUAAUGGAGCAAGACAGUUACCCACGCUUCCUAAGAUCUGAUCCUUAUUUAAAUUUAGUUAAGGGGAGAAACCCCUGUCGUCCUGCUCUUAGGAGACGAUCGCGGUCUUUUACUGUCAAUGAAUUCAAGGAUGUGAGAUCCGACUUUACUGUUUGGUAAUAUGGAAACUCAGCCCACGUGAAUUCUAGCUACUGCAGCAAAUCGUAUAAGUGUCUUAAAAUCCAAACCCUUAGCUGGUGUAAAUGCAUGGAGUUCCACUGACUUCAGCACAGUUACAUCAACUCAUAUUAGGUCAGAGUUCUGUAGCCAGUGAUUAAUCUCGUUUGUGAUAGAGAAGCAGGCAACAUAUUCACAAGACUUAUCGGAUAUAAAAUGUUCAUACGGUAUUUUUUUAAACUCACGUAAGAGUUGUAAUUCUAUUUGGUGGAAGACUGAUUUUUCUACGUAAAAAUGUUGUUAAAAAUGCCAGUUGAUAGAAUAUCUAUCACGUAUCCUCGCUCUGUAUUAUUUAGAACAAAAUUUUGUCACAAUUUGAAUCUAUAGACCCAGCCUUUGCACGUAAGUAUGUUUUUGCAAUAUUUCCUACACUAAGCACAGACUUUUGGUGGUAUUUUCUCAUACUACAGAACACAUGGGAACAUUAAUUUGGCUAAAAGUAAAAUUACAAGGAUUUUAACUACAGCCACUGCAUAAGUAAAAUUUAGCUAUUGCAUAAUUUAAGAGGAACAUAAGAAUAUCUAUUUAAUUUUGAUAGUGGUACAUUUUGUACUCUUUUCUUCUUACGUGUAUCUGUUCUAUGUAUUUAAAUUAUGCUGUAUAGAUUAGCUUUGCCAAGACAUAUUGGUAUUCUAAUAUUUUGCAAACAAAUAGCAGCAACAAAGGGCCAAGAAUGUUAUUUUAACACACAGUGUGUCA